AGAAAGAUAACUCUGAAAACCUACAAAGCCUUCAAACCCUCAAUUCCAGAUCCCACAUUCCUCAUCUCCACACACAACCAUGGGUCAAGGAACUCCAGGCGGCAUGAACCGGCAAGGUCCACCGGGCGACCGGAACAACUCCGGCGACAAAAAGGACAAAAAGUUCGAACCUCCGGCACCACCGGCACGAAUCGGCCGGAAACAGCGAAAACAAAAGGGACCAGAAGCAGCAUCAAGGCUACCAACAGUAACACCACAUUCAAAGUGCAGGUUACGGUUGUUAAAGCUCGAACGAAUAAAGGAUUACUUGUUAAUGGAGGAAGAGUUUGUGGCGAAUCAGGAGCGGCUGAAGCCUCAAGAGGAGAAGAGUGAAGAGGAUAGGAGUAAGGUUGAUGAUCUACGUGGAUCGCCGAUGAGUGUUGGGAAUUUGGAAGAGUUGAUUGAUGAGAAUCAUGCGAUUGUUUCGUCGUCAGUUGGACCGGAGUAUUAUGUAGGGAUAUUGUCGUUUGUUGAUAAGGAUCAGCUUGAGCCUGGAUGUGCUAUUUUGAUGCAUAAUAAGAUUCUUUCGGUUGUUGGACUUCUUCAAGACGAUGUGGACCCCAUGGUCUCUGUGAUGAAAGUUGAGAAGGCGCCUUUAGAGUCUUAUGCUGAUAUUGGUGGGCUAGAUGCCCAAAUACAAGAAAUCAAGGAGGCAGUUGAGCUUCCUUUAACUCACCCUGAAUUAUAUGAAGACAUCGGUAUCAAACCCCCAAAGGGCGUUAUACUUUACGGAGAACCAGGAACAGGCAAGACAUUGCUUGCAAAGGCUGUGGCAAACUCCACAUCAGCAACAUUCUUACGUGUUGUCGGAAGUGAGUUGAUUCAAAAGUACCUUGGGGAUGGUCCUAAAUUGGUUAGAGAACUCUUUAGGGUUGCUGAUGACCUGUCUCCAUCUAUUGUUUUCAUUGAUGAGAUUGACGCUGUUGGUACAAAGAGAUACGAUGCUCACUCUGGUGGUGAACGUGAAAUUCAAAGGACUAUGUUGGAGUUAUUGAACCAGUUGGAUGGUUUUGAUUCGAGAGGUGAUGUUAAGGUGAUACUUGCAACUAACAAAAUUGAAAGUCUUGAUCCGGCUUUGCUUCGACCUGGUCGUAUUGAUAGGAAGAUAGAAUUCCCACUUCCUGACAUUAAAACAAGAAGGCGUAUAUUCCAGAUACACACAUCAAGAAUGACCCUAGCUGAUGAUGUUAACUUGGAAGAAUUUGUUAUGACUAAAGACGAGUUUUCUGGAGCUGAUAUUAAGGCCAUUUGUACUGAGGCUGGAUUGCUUGCUUUGAGAGAACGCAGGAUGAAGGUGACACAUGCAGAUUUUAAGAAAGCAAAAGACAAGGUUAUGUUCAAAAAGAAAGAGGGCGUACCGGAAGGGCUCUAUAUGUAAAAACACUCGUAUUUUAGGCAUAUGCCUCAGCCUCCCUGCAACUUUCAUUAGUUUUUAUUCAGUCUGUUCAGACGCGUUAAUUUGUACGUGUAAGUUUGUUUUUCUUCAUUGCCUUGGAAGUAUUUAACUAUGUUAUUUUUCUGUC